CAGGCCAUCAUGGCCUCAGGUUAGUGAACGAGGUCACAUAUGGUUUUGGAAUGGACCAUGAAGUGACGGCUGCUUUCCCAGCAUGCAUUGCGGCGGCACAAUCCCGUUAAUUAUCGCGUUGCUGUUACAUUUUCGCUUUAUUACUUUAUUAACUGUGAAUACGGAGUGCUUAAACAGAACAGAUUUACACGGUGCUCACUGGUCAGAAGGGCAGUCUUUGUGAUUAAGUGUCCCUCCCUGCCGUUACAUAAGAAAUUUCUUAAGAAAGUCUUGUUUCAGUUGGAGAACCUUUUCUGCUUCUGAUGUACAGUACUAUUAUUAAUUUGAGCUGUGUAGUUCGCUGAGUCCACAUGUAAUGACAGUUAAAGCGACAUCCAUUGUGUCGCACGAUCAUAUUUUCCAUUUCACGCGUGAAUAAGUUCUACAUCUAGCGAAUAAGCGCAAGAAAUCCUCCCUGUUCGCCAAAUACAGGACAAAGACUAGGCUUGAAAGUUGAAAGUAACCUCACAUACAAUAAUUUGCGUAUCAUCCUCCACGACCACGUGUAUGUGUGGAUGUUUAAAAAAUAAAACAAUAACUCUGCAGACAAGUUACUGACACCAAGAAAGGCGGGGGGUCAAUAAUCUUUGUUACAUGUUAAAUAAUAUGCAUCGCGAGAAUGGCUUUCUUUGCAGCAGCGAGCGGAGGCUGUUCUGCAUUACGAGUUGAGUCCUCCUCUUUUCCCCCGUGUGUUAAACGAGGCCAAGAGCUGCGAUGAAACAAUGGACCGGUAGCACAAGAAGUGCAGAGGAGCGCUGUUCCCCUGCUGUCACACACAACUGUGCCGGGCGACCGAAGCUGCGGUACCGUCCGCCCGUUUCCCCCUCGUCCGAGUCUCUGCUUCGUUCACUCGAGCUGCCUGUUUCUGCCUUGAGCCUCCCACACAGUCGCGCUCCGCAGAUGUCCGCCUUCUGCCUCCUCGCCCUGCUUGCGCUGCCGACCGCCUGGGCUCAGCAGCUGCUGCCUGGAUCUUGCAACUUCGAGCACAAUACAUGUGGCUACUCGUCCGAUCCAGCGUAUGCCAGAUGGACCAUAAACGAAGAAGGUCGUUUUAUCACUGUGGACACAUCUUUCAUGGAUGGACAGGAGAAAGCUUUUCUGUUGAGCCCAGAACUGGACCUGGUGGACUGGAGCUGCUUGAGGCUGGUUUACCAGAUCACUGGAACAGGCUCCUUGCAGGUGCACCUGCGCCCUGAGGACGAGAGCUUUGAUUAUACCCUGUGGACUGCCAGUAAGCCUUCUGACAGCUGGCUGAUUGGCAGUGUUGACCUCCGGAAUGCGUCUAAUUCCUAUAAGAUUUUAAUAGAAGGCCGACCUAGUAAAGAAGCUGGAAGCAGCGUGGCCAUUUUUGAAAUUCAUGUGGUACCUGGCUACUGCAUAGAGUGUAACUUCGAGGAGCACCACCUGUGUGGCUACAGUAACCACUGGAACCCCAAUGUAAACUGGUAUGUGGGAGGCAGCAUCGCCCGGGACCCACGGUCCAACCUGCCUGAUGAUCACACCCUGAGUAAUGAGGGAGCAGGUCACUACAUGUAUGCAGAUUCCGUUUAUGCUAAAAAAUUCCAGGAAGUUGCCAAACUCUCGUCACCUAUGACAACCACACCAAUGGAAGGAUGCUUAUCCUUCUACUACCAGCGAGACCAGGCACGAGGAAACAUAUUCUCAGUCUUCACCAAAGAUCAGCUUGGUCAUUAUGAGGAAAUUUGGAGGCCAGAGGCCUAUGCUGCUUCAACAUGGAGAUUAGUACAAGUUGACAUCAAAGCCCCCCAUCCCCUCGAGGUCACUUUUGAAGCAGCCUUCAACAGUCCCCGUGGAGGUUAUGUGGCUUUGGAUGACAUUUCUUUCUCCCCAGAGUUCUGCCACACAGAAACAGAGCCGAUGUUUGACCCUUCCACUGCAAGCUGUGACUUUGAGGAUGGAUUUUGUCAGUACUACCAGGAACGUGCCGAAGGAUCAGUAUGGAACAGAGUGUCAGUGAAGCCCAAUGCCUACAGGCUUGGAGAUCAUACCACAGGUUCAGGCUCCUUCCUAUUGGCUAAUACCCGCUUCACCUCCAGACCUGGCUACGUGGGCCGCCUCCAUGGACCAUUCAUGCCUGGGAACCUGAAAUAUUGCCUAAGGUUUUACUACGCCCUGCAUGGUUUUGUCAAAAUAGACAACGCCCUGUCGGUCUACAUCUAUGACGAGAACAACAUAGCCCAGGAGAAGAUCUGGACUGUAUCUGCAAGCGCAAAAGAUAUCUGGUUUGAAGUGGAUAUCACCUUCCAGAAGCCCAUGCCCACCAAGGUGGUGUUCGUCAGUAUAUGUAAGAACUUCUGGGACUGUGGACUGGUGGCUCUUGAUGACAUCACUGUGGCACUAGGGGACUGCCGUAUCGCAGCCGGUCUGCAGCAGUCCCUUACCAGGCAGUGCAGCUUCGAGGUGGACGACUGUGGCUAUACUCAGGACAGGGAGAGCGACGCGAGCGACUGGGUGCGCAUGCGAGGCCAUACGCCCACCUCGUACACUGGUCCGAGGGGGGACCACACCACAGGGGUAGGCUACUUCAUGUACAUAGAGGCCUCCCAUAUGCUCCCUGGUCAUUCGGCCCGGCUGCUCUCCACCGAGCUGCGCGGAUCCACUGGGCCCCAGUGCCUCGUUUUCUUCUACCACAUGCACGGGUCUGGGACGGGCCUGCUGAAUGUCUUCCUGCGGAGGGUGGACAGAGAAUACGACGCGUUGCUCUGGAGACGCAGAGGAGAGCACAGCAUAUCCUGGAUGAAGGGCAUGGUCGAGUAUACAUGUAAAACGAGACACCAAAUUCUGUUUGAGGCCAUUAGAGGACCAUCAAUAAGAAGCGAUAUUGCGAUCGAUGACAUAAUAUUUAAAAAGGGGCCUUGCAAAAACACAGGCGCUGUGGACAACAUUCCGUACUCCGGCUUCUCCGAGAACUUGAACGAGGUUGAGUACUGAGCGUGCUGCUGCUCUCGACGUGUCUGCAUGGAGGGGGUGGAGAUGAAAGAGUUGCACACUAAAGUUAAAUAGAGUAAAGCAGUAAUUAUGUUUAUGUUUAUGUAUGGAGUCUCGUGGGUGGACGGAGACGUUUUUAUUACAAGCCAACUCAGACAGAGAGUAUCCAACAGUGCACUGGGGUGGGGUCUCGAGGAAGAUGCGGCCAUUUGAAACAUCCCAAAACUCUCUGUUUGGUGCUUUAUAUUCUAGGGAAAACAUCAUUUUACGAUUAAGGGAAACAAUUUAGGGUGGAGAAAGGUCUGCUGAAGGAUCGCAUGCUUUUCAUUGGGUUAUAGAAGAAUCAGCCAGCUUUCCUCCCACUCAUACCGGAGACUCAUAGUAUGCAAGAAUCGAUUUGGGGUCAGUAGUUCCCUGAUUUCUUUCUUAGAUCUUCUUCUGUCAGCAUGGAUUCCUCUAACGUUGCAACGUUGCAACGAUGCCAUAGUUCCCUGACUUGAGCAGUUCUCCACUCCCUUCAAAAAAGCCGUGAUUGGGGUUUUCCUGGUUUUUAUACACAAUGUCAAACCACCAGAAUUCCGUAUCUCAAAUGACUGAGUAAGGACUGUAUUUAUGCUUUGGUGGAUGGAGACCCUUGUAUGAGAUGUGUUCUUCUCUAACGCAGGAUUCCUUUGAGUUCAGAUAUUGUUGGCUCCCUCUUGUGGCCAGAGAUCCACAUUGCAGGUAAAGCCCAAGCACUGUACAUGUGCUAUGGGAGCAGCACAGAAAACAAUAAACAGUUAACCAAUUAAACAGUUAAUCAAACAUCAGUUUAGAAAGAGCACUGCCUUUAUCACUGACUCUCCUGCAUCUGAUUGCAUUAAUUAUGAAUACAGUGUUUCUGUAGAGUUUCCAUAAUUUCAGUCAAGACCUGCCCAGUUGUGACCAGGGAUGUAUGGCCAGUCUUAAAGGUUUUAAUCUUGUGGAUUAAUUCUUAGUGAAAAGUGAUCAUUUCAGAUCACUUUGAAGUAUUGAUAGGUUGACAAGUUAAGCUGCAAGGACAGCAAAUGCUUGUGGGUCAAGGCUAAGUUAUUGAUUAGCUCAACCUCUUUUAAGCAUUAUAGAAGCAGGUAGAAUACUCUGCUACCAGAAGGUUACCAGUUUGCCCCAUGUGUGGCCCCAUUAUAAUACCUUUGAGUAACUUACAUAUCAUGCAUUCCUCCACUGGCUAGAUAUUAAGGUUGGCUAUGCAGCUUUAAUUUCUGCAAUCGCAGUAAACCGAGAGCAGGCACAAAGUAACGUGGAAAGAAACAGAAAUAUCUGUAAGUGGACACAUGGGGUUACUGUGGGUAAUGAGUUUUUUUGUAAUCAAGAAUUUGACAAGAUGACAGUUUGUCUUCAACAUUUUGAGGUAUAUGUAGAAUAUUCUGCACGUUUACAGCACAGAUAUUUUACCGACAAUGUGCUGAUGCUUGAUUUGCGAUAAAUAACCCUGCUACCCUUUACAAGAUCAGCCAGUUUGUACAAUUUCACAACGGAUCUACAGUGUGCAUCAUCUUAACCCACUGUGUUCUAGCAGUAGUAAGAAAAUUCUUACCCAUACAUUUAUUUUGUUUUGAUUUUCUUCUUUAUUUUAGCCAACAUAUACUGCAGUUUGUAGGAUUCCUAUUUAAUAAAAGUUAAAUAUUGUGGUCCA